AUGGCGGCGGCAGGCGGGGGCAGCAGUGUGAACCCCUUCCUCAGCGACUCCGAGGAGGACGAGCCCGAGGAGUCCAGGCCCGGCGGCGGCGGUAGCAGCAGCAGCAACGAGCCGGGCGGGCCGCCAUACCCGCAGCAGCAUCAGGAGGCAGCAGCAGCCGCGGGGAGCUUCGAGGAGCUGCCGGGUUUGCGUGCGGCGGCGCCGGGCGAUGCCGGCGGCGGUGCGGGGGCGGGCGGCGGGGCCGGCGCGGGCCCCGGCGCGGGGGAGCCGCCGCGGGUGUCGAUGGACGCGAUAGCGGCGCAGCUUCUGCGGGACCAGUUCUUGCUGACGGCGCUGGAGCUGCACACGGAGCUGCUGGAGAGCGGCCGGGAGCUGCCCCGGCUCCGCGAUUUCUUCUCCAACCCGGGCAACUUCGAGCGGCAGAGCGGCACGCCGCCCGCCGGCGGGGCCCUGGGCGGCCUGGGCGGCAGCGUGCUCGGGGGAGCAGGCGGCAGGGAGCCCGGGUCCGGGCAGCUCAAUCGCGCUGGAAGCAUCAGUACUCUUGAUUCCUUAGAUUUUGCAAGAUACUCUGAUGAUGGCAAUAGGGAAACAGACGAAAGAGUAGCAGUCCUGGAGUUUGAACUACGGAAAGCCAAGGAGACCAUACAGGCCCUCCGAGCCAACCUGACUCAGGCUGCAGAAAAUGAAGUUCCUUUGCAGGAACGAAAAAAUUAUAAAUCAAGUCCUGAAAUUCAGGAGCCAAUCAGACCUCUUGAGAAAAGAGCUCUAAAUUUCCUAGUUAAUGAGUUUUUAUUGAAGAAUAGUUACAAGCUUACAUCAAUAACAUUUUCAGAUGAAAAUCAUGAUCAGGAUUUUGAACUUUGGGAUGAUGUAGGAUUGAACAUUCCAAAACCUCCUGACCUGUUACAACUCUAUCGUGACUUUGGAAACCAUCAUGUUACUGCGAGAGAUGUGGUGGAUGUAUCAGUGGGUGUAGAAGACGAUGAGUUAGAGGCUGCUACUCCUGUUCUUGGGAGCGUCCCUGUAUUUGAAACAACAUCACAGUCAAUAGAACAAUGUUUAAUAGUGCAAAAAUUAGAAGAUCAAAUUAGUGUGUUAAACAGUGAGAAAUGGUCUUUGAUGGAACAAAUCCAAAGACUUGAGAGUGAAAUAGAUUUUCUCAAGAAUGAAAAUUUUGCUGUGUCAACAAUUUAUGGUGUAGCUCCCCAUCCUUCUUUAAAACAAGUGCCUCUCACAGUCUCAGAAGACAAUGGACGGUACUUGGAUAUCAAGAGCUCCGAGAAUAACAGUAAACAUGGAAGCACUGAGGAAACAAGCCUUUCUUUAUCAGCUGAAGUGGAUUCAAGGACUUCUAAAGAUGAUAUGCUAAAUAAUGUGCCCUGUAAAGAAACAGAGAAACUGUCCUCUUGUGCUCCGUCAACUAAAGCUGCAGUCCACUUCGAUAAACCUAAUAGGAAAUUGUCACCAGCUUUCCAUCAAGCCCUACUGUCUUUCUGUCGGAUGUCAGCAGACAGCCGUUUGGGAUCAGAGGUAUCUCGGAUUGCAGACAGUGAAGAAAGUGUCAUGUUAAUGUUGGGACGCUGCCUGCCUCAUAUUGUUCCUAAUGUGCUGCUUGCAAAGCGAGAGGAACUGAUCCCACUCAUACUGUGUACAGCCUGCCUCCAUCCUGAACCCAAAGAGAGAGAUCAGCUUCUACACAUACUGUUCAAUUUGAUCAAACGACCAGAUGAUGAGCAAAGACAGAUGAUACUGACUGGGUGUGUGGCAUUUGCCCGACACGUUGGACCAACACGUGUAGAAGCUGAGCUUUUACCACAGUGUUGGGAACAGAUCAACCACAAAUACCCAGAGAGACGGCUACUGGUAGCAGAAUCCUGUGGAGCUCUAGCACCUUACCUUCCAAAAGAAAUCCGUAGUUCAUUAGUACUUUCCAUGCUGCAGCAAAUGCUAAUGGAAGAUAAGGCAGAUUUGGUACGAGAAGCUGUGAUCAAAAGCCUUGGCAUCAUUAUGGGAUAUAUUGAUGAUCCAGACAAAUAUCAACAGGGCUUUGAACUGCUGCUUUCAGCUUUAGGAGACCCUUCAGAACGUGUAGUUAGUGCAACACAUCAGGUAUUUUUACCUGCUUAUGCUGCCUGGACAACAGAACUGGGAAAUUUACAGUUCCAUCUUAUACCUACGCUGCUUAAUAAAAUUGAAAAAUUGCUCAGGGAAGGAGAGCAUGGCUUGGAUGAACAUAAGCUCCACAUGUAUCUGUCUGCUCUGCAGUCAUUGAUUCCUUCACUGUUUGCACUGGUGCUACAGAAUGCACCUUUCACAAGCAAGGCUAAACUUCAGGGAGAAGUACCACAAAUAGAAGUCACUAGGUUUCCCCGACCUGUAUCGCCUCUUCAGGAUGUGGCCAUCAUCAUUGGAAGUCGCGAACAAUUAGCAGUGUUGUUGCAACUAUAUGACUAUCAGCUAGAACAUGAGGGUACCACAGGCUGGGAGACUUUGCUAUGGGUAGUCAAUCAACUGCUACCACAGCUUAUAGAAAUAGUUGGGAAGAUCAAUGUAGCAUCGACUGCCUGUGUCCAUGAGUUCUCUAGAUUUUUCUGGAGACUUUGUAGGACAUUUGGGAAAAUUUUUACAAACACUAAGGUAAAACCACAGUUCCAGGAAAUCUUAAGACUGUCUGAGGAAAACAUAGAUUCCACAGCAGGUAAUGGAGUGCUAACAAAAGCCACAGUUCCCAUCUAUGCAACAGGGGUCCUUACAUGUUAUAUUCAGGAAGAAGACCGCAAGCUGUUAGUUGGAUUCUUAGAAGAUGUAAUGACUAUGCUUUCACUAUCCCAUGCUCCUCUUGAUAGCCUGAAAGCUUCCUUUGUGGAACUGGGUGCAAACCCAGCUUAUCAUGAGCUGCUAUUAACUGUUUUAUGGUAUGGAGUUGUCCAUACUUCUGCUCUUGUUCGUUGUACAGCUGCUAGAAUGUUUGAGCUGUUGGUGAAGGGGGUACAUGAAACUCUGGUAGCUCAGAGAGUUGUUCCUGCUCUCAUUACUCUCUCCAGUGACCCUGAAAUUUCAGUAAGGAUUGCAACAAUUCCUGCUUUUGGGACCAUCAUGGAAACUGUUACUCAGAGAGAGCUUCUGGAAAGAGUAAAAAUGCAGCUGGCAUCUUUCCUGGAGGACCCUCAAUAUCAAGACCAACAUUCUCUACAUACAGAAAUCAUAAAAACAUUUGGAAGAGUUGGACCUAAUGCUGAGCCCAGAUUUAGAGAUGAAUUUGUUAUUCCACACUUGCACAAGUUGGCCUUGGUCAACAACCAGCAGUCUGUGGAUUCGAAGAGGCUGGAUAUCGCUACCCACCUGUUUGAAGCCUACAGUGCUCUUUCCUGUUGUUUUAUUUCAGAGGAUUUAAUGGUCAAUCACUUUUUACCAGGACUUAAGUGUUUACGAACUGACAUGGAACAUCUCUCGCCAGAGCAUGAGGUUAUUUUAAGCUCCAUGAUAAAAGAGUGUGAACAGAAAGUGGAAAACAAGACUGUCCAAGAACCGCAAGGCUCAAUGUCAAUUGCAGCGAGCCUUGUGAGUGAAGAUACAAAGACCAAGUUUUUGAACAAAAUGGGCCAGCUGACUACAUCAGGUGCAAUGUUGGCUAAUGUGUUUCAGAGGAAGAAGUAAGAUGGGAAAAGUAACUCCCAGCUAACACUAACAUGGACCUCACAGAGACUGGUUCCUGUACUUGAAGUACUUGCCUUUUAAUUUCUUCUGUCUUACGUUCUUGUAGUAUAAUUUUAUUCUAACUUCCAAAGAUAUUUGCACUGCUUUUGAAUAUCGCUGUGUAUCUGUUAAUUUUUGGGUUAACUGUGGUUGAUAUAAAACUGAAAUCAUAGUCUGUACCAAGUCCCUGUUCUGUGUUCUUGUCUUUCCAGCAUAAUUUUUUUUUAUAUAGUGGAAGGGUUUGUUUUUUUUUUAUUUUCUGACAGGAUAUCAGCAAAUAUCUGUAUUAUACAUGGAGCUAUUAUGACGGUACUUAAAAUAAUGUAAAUUUGAAGUCAUUGUCAUGAAGUAAUAAAAGUGGAGAUUACUUAUGUAUUU